AGUAGCGACGCAUAUUUUAAUAAUUCAUAUUUUAUUUAUAAAUUUAUAAAUAUAUUUGAAACCACAGAUUAAAUUAGUUUUUAUUUUAUUAUACACACAUUUUUUGAAUUGUGCUUGAAAUGUGUACUACCAUACCAAAGGUAAAAUGUUGUACGGUGCCAGCGUGUGAUUUAAAUACAUCAAUUAACACACGAGAAGAGACAGCGAAUGAUCUCGCCAAAAAAGUAGAUUGUGAUAAACAGAAGAACGCAACCGAAAUUGGACAAUAUUACAAAUGUUGCACUUUAUCACCCGUUGAGCCGACUCCUUUGACCAAUGUCAAUUGUUGUGAAAGAGCGAAACCUUGUAUUAGCAAUUUUUGUACAGCAGUAAAAGGCGAAUGUAACAAUUAUGAUUUGACACCGUACGGGAAAGACUUUGUUUUAAAAACAGGAAGAUUAAUCCAAAAAUGUUUAUGUGUAAAAUUCAAUGGCUUACAAGAUACAUGUAAACAUACUGGUUGCUGUUCUAGAUUAGGUUGCAUGAGACCUCUUUUUCCAAAUUGUCCACCGGCUCGUCAAUGGAAAAAUGAAUUUAUCUGCAAAACUAAAGAGAAACGCUGUCCAUGUCCAUGUGAUUAAAUUAAAUUAAUUAAUACAAAUUGUGGUUAUACAUUGUUAAAAA